GGGCGGGGGCGCCGCCGCGAGGAGGCGCGGUCGGAGCGGGAGCGGCGAGGCCCAUCUUGCUGCCGCUCGUCGGCCGCGCUCGGGGAGGAGGGCCCUAGGCCGGCGUGCGGCCAAUCCGGGCGGGCGCUGGCGGCGAGCAGGGCAGAAUGGGCUGUAGUUUAGUGAAAUAGGAAAGCUGCAAACAGUGUGGAGUGCUCCCGGUGUAAAUAAAAGGGGGAAAAGAAAAGUUUCUACAAGUCGCAGCUUUGCAGCCUCGCUCGGGCAGCGGCGCGGGGGGUUGUGCGUCGCAAAAGCCCAACACACUGGACUUUAUUGUGCUGCGUUAGCACGCUCUUCCUAUUGUUUGUGUUUUUUCAAAAUAUGGCAAAGGUUCAGGUGAACAAUGUAGUGGUGUUGGAUAAUCCAUCUCCUUUCUACAAUCCUUUCCAAUUCGAAAUCACAUUUGAGUGCAUAGAGGACCUGUCUGAAGAUUUGGAAUGGAAAAUAAUUUAUGUGGGUUCAGCUGAAAGUGAAGAGUAUGACCAGGUGUUAGACUCUGUUUUAGUAGGACCUGUUCCUGCAGGCAGACACAUGUUUGUAUUUCAGGCGGAUGCACCUAACCCAGGGCUUAUUCCAGAUGCAGAUGCAGUAGGUGUAACAGUUGUGCUAAUUACAUGCACCUAUCGAGGUCAAGAAUUUAUUAGAGUUGGCUACUAUGUAAACAAUGAAUAUACUGAAACAGAACUGAGAGAGAACCCACCAGUGAAGCCAGACUUUUCUAAGCUUCAAAGGAAUAUUUUGGCAUCUAAUCCCAGAGUCACAAGAUUCCACAUUAAUUGGGAAGACAACUCUGAAAAACUGGAAGAUGCAGAGAGCAGUAACCCAAAUCUACAGUCACUGCUUUCUACAGAUGCAUUACCUUCAGCAUCAAAGGGGUGGUCAACAUCAGAAAAUUCAUUAAAUGUUAUGUUAGAAUCUCAUAUGGACUGCAUGUGACUAACCACCAUCAUUUUGGUACUGUACAUGUGUUAAACUGUAAAAACAACCAGAACUAUUUCCCUCAAAUUCCAUAAGUACAUAGUUGACAUGCAAUGUGAAGAACUUGUUUUAAAACAUCCUGUAGAAAGUUUAUAUUAAAAAAAAAAAACAAACAAUAUUUGAACAAAUUGUGGAAUAUAAAUACAACUAUUUUUAAGUAA